CAUCUCUCUCUCUCUCUCCCUCUCUCUUCAACUCUAUUAUGAAAGUUCAUUUAACAAUGGUAUUUGUUCCCCUACAUUUCAGGAUGCAGUAGAGUUUCUUGAGAGAACAUCACUCACAAGUUCCUACAAGCACUUCUUCUCCAAAAUUCUGAAAAGGGUUUCGCAAAGAAUCUGUUGUACUUACAGUUUAAACUCACUUCUAAAUCCACACACACACAUAUACAAGCACUCAAAUUCUCUGUUUUCACAUUGUAGUACCGUCCUUUUUAAGAGUUUUCUGUCUUUUUUUUUUGGGAAAAGUAAGAGCUUUGUGUUUUGAUGAUAGGAAAAGUCUCUCUGUCUCUUAGAUAUAUCCGCUUCUAAAACCAAAUUAACCUCGGUUUCUACGUACCCAUUUGUUUCUACAGACCUUCGUUCCUUUUUAUAAAAACCCAGACUCAAUUACAGUUCAAGUUCUUCGGACUAAAUUCGGGGUAAGGUUGAUUUUUCACUUUCUUUCGAUUAUCCAUGGCUUCCAUCUCUAAUUCUAUUCAGUUUUCAAUUCAAAGAUCACAGUUUUCCUCUCUGUCCACUCUUCCUAGUAAAACCCAGUUUAAUUUAGCACAUCUUAAGAGUAGAUCAGUUGUUCCAAGAGCCUCAUGCUUGGAAUUCUCACCACUGCCAGAAAAUAGAAUAUCCCAAUCUCCGGUGGAAUUUUCCGGCAAGACCUUGAAGUUUUCUGGGUGGAGUCAACUGUUGAGGCGACGUGGUCUAGCUGUGUUUCCGGUCACAAAAGUUGCAGCUGCUGAUGCAGAUGGUCAUGAGAUUGAAAUUUCUGAUGGGUUUUCUAAGCCUAACAAAAGCUUUGCUGAGAGAUUUCCUGCUCUUGUUACUGGGUUCUUUUUCUUUAUGUGGUAUUUCCUUAAUGUCAUCUUCAAUAUACUAAACAAGAAGGUCUACAAUUACUUUCCAUAUCCAUAUUUUGUCUCGGUUGUACAUCUUCUAGUAGGCGUGGUGUACUGCCUAGUCAGUUGGUCUGUUGGUCUACCAAAACGUGCUCCAAUUGAUAAGGAACUCUUGUUACUCCUUACUCCGGUGGCAUUCUGCCAUGCCCUCGGACAUGUCAUGUCUAAUGUCUCAUUUGCUGCAGUUGCUGUAUCUUUCACACAUACCAUUAAAGCCCUGGAGCCAUUCUUCAAUGCCGCUGCUUCACAGUUUGUUCUUGGCCACCAGAUUCCCCUGCCCCUGUGGCUAUCAUUGGCCCCUGUUGUUCUUGGUGUCUCAAUGGCAUCAUUGACAGAACUUUCUUUCAACUGGCUUGGUUUCACUAGUGCAAUGAUUUCAAAUAUUGCAUUCACCUACAGAAGUAUCUAUUCAAAGAAAGCAAUGACAGGAAUGGACAGUACAAAUGUGUAUGCUUACAUUUCAAUAAUUGGUCUGCUGGUUUGCAUCCCACCAGCUAUACUUAUUGAGGGACCCCAGCUGAUGCAGUAUGGAUUUCAGAAUGCGAUUGCCAAAGUUGGUCUAAACAAAUUCUUGUCUGAUCUGUUCUGGAUUGGAAUGUUCUAUCAUCUGUACAAUCAGGUUGCUACUAACACCUUGGAAAGGGUCGCACCACUUACACAUGCUGUUGGAAAUGUGUUGAAGCGAGUGUUUGUGAUUGGUUUCUCCAUCGUGGUAUUUGGCAAUAGGAUUUCCACACAGACUGGGAUUGGCACUGCAAUAGCUAUUGCUGGUGUUGCCAUCUACUCCCUGAUAAAGGCAAACAUGGAAGAGCAGAAACAAAAGGCUGCUCAAACUCUUGCAUCGUAGGAAUGUAGAUUCGGAUUAACUGACCUUGCAAAAACCUGAGUAUCGACAAUUGUGUCAAGGAGAUCGUUGAAAGAUAACAUUUGAAGGUGAUUUUGCAGAGUUAAUGCCCAUGUUUUGUAGAGUUUUUGUUGGACAUGUUCAUGAAUCUCUUGCAGAGACAAGAAAAUAGUAAGUGCAAUUCCAAGAAGACAUUGCUUUUGAUUUUUUUUCAUAGAAUUGAAUGACUUG